UAUAGUACAAACAAUUUAAACCCAAAGCCCCGAUAAAGCAAAAAAUCUCUACGGAACCGACUUUGUUAUAAAUCCUUCGAAUUUCGCCAAUUGCUGAAAUGGGUUUGGAGAUAAUGGUUCAAAGCAUAUAAUCUGAAGUGGAUUUUUGGUAUAGAGCUGAGAUUGAUGAGAAAGAAGCAGCUCUGAGUACGCCCUUUUCCGUUCGACUGCAAGUGAGAUGGCUGUGUCAAGCAGAACCCGAAAUAUGCUCGAGAAUCUGGUAAGAGAAGGAUCAUUUAAAUGGUUGCUUGGCCACCGAAGUUCUUUCAACGAGGAGUAUGAGGAGAUGACAAGGUCUCCUUGUGCCCGAAAUAAUUGGAUAUCAGAGCUCUCUGUGAUUGCAAACAUAGUUGUUCGACGAUGCUUGAAAAUUCUUGGAAUUCCUGCUACUGAACUUCAAGAAAGCUUCAAUUCAGAGGCUUCUGAUUCUAUAAAGCAUCCAUCACGAUAUGCGAGGAACAUUUUGGAAUACUGUUGUUUCAGGGCUCUUGCUGUGUCAAUAAAAGUAAAUGACUAUUUGGCCGAUAAGAAGUUUCGACGUCUGACAUUUGACAUGAUGGUAGCUUGGGAGGCUCCAGCUGCUCCUAGUGAACCUUCAGUUCAUGUAGAUGAGUGCAUAUCAGUUGGUAUAGAAGCUUUCUCUCGAAUAGCUCCAGCAGUUCCUAUCAUUGCAAAUGUCAUCAUUAGUGAAAACCUUUUUGAGGUGCUUACAGCAUCAACCGGCGGGCGGCUUCAGUUCUCCAUCUACGACAAAUAUCUAAAUGCACUAGAAAGAGCAUUAAGGAAAAUGAAGACACAGUCAGAGUCAUCUCUUCUUUCGGUGGUGCGAUUAUCGAAAGGAGAGAAGAUUCUUGAAGUAGAUGGAACAGUUACUACUCAACCAGUUCUCGAGCAUGUAGGAAUUUCUACAUGGCCUGGACGGUUAAUUCUGACGGACCAUGCAAUUUACUUUGAAGCUCUCCGUGUUGUGUCGUUUGACAAGGCAAAGUGCUAUGAUUUAUCAGAUGAUCUGAAACAGGUUGUUAAACCUGAGCUGACUGGACCGUGGGGCACUCGACUUUUUGAUAAGGCAGUAUUCUAUAAAUCAAUUUCAUUAUCAGAACCAGUUAUAAUAGAGUUUCCUGAGCUCAAAGGGCAUACUCGACGUGAUUAUUGGUUGGCAAUCAUUAGAGAGAUAUUGUACGUUCAUAGGUUUAUAAAUAAGUUUCAGAUCAAGGGAGUUGAACGAGAUGAAGCACUUUCGAAAGCUGUGCUUGGGAUUGUGCGACUACAAGCCAUUCAAGAUAUUAGUUUGGUGGUCCAUUUAAAUUGUGAAUCUCUUCUCAUGUUCAAUCUUUGCGACCAACUUCCAGGUGGGGAUUUGAUAUUGGAAACCCUGGGCAAUAUGUUGACUUUGAGGGAAUCAGAUCAGACUGAUAAGUCUCAAUCUGGAAGUAGAAUGUAUUCAAGCUCAGCCUUGGACAUGGUUUCUAACUUGGGCUUUGUGUUUGGAUCGAGUUCUAAUAGUCACGCAGAGAAUAGGCUUGUUGUUGGUGAUAUAACUGUGGGAAAGAUGACUUCACUUGAGCGAGCGGUUAAGAAAUCUAAAAACAAUUAUGCGAAGGUGGUGGUAGCACAAGCAACCAUAGAUGGAGUUAAAGUGGAUGGAUUUGAAACAAAUUUUGCGGUGAUGAAGGAACUAUUCUUUCCAGUGCUGGCAUUGCGGCAGUGUCUUUUUUCUUUGGCAUAUUGGGAGGAUCCUUUGCAUUCUUUUGUUUUCUGUUCUGUUUUCACGUUUAUCAUCUGCAGGCAAUGGCUGGGCUACAGCUUUGCAUUGAUUCUUAUCUUCGCCGCGAUCUUCAUGGUACUCACGCGAUUAUUUAGCCAAGGAAACCCCGUUGAUGUGGUUAAGGUGAUAGCACCUCCACCGACAAACAAAAUGGAACAGCUUUUGGCUGUCCAGAAUGCAAUUUCCCAGGCUGAAGGGUUCAUCCAGGAUGGAAAUAUUGUUCUUCUGAAACUACGUGCAUUAUUGCUCACCAUGUUCCCACAGGCGAGCAUGAAAUUCGCGGUAGCUCUUCUGUUAAUGGCUUCGAUUCUGGCCUUCGUACCGAGUAGGUACAUUGUUCUCCUGCUGUUUUUGGAGACAUUUACAAGGUAUUCACCGCCGAGGAGAGCGAGCACAGAGAGAUGGAUGAGAAGAUUGCGAGAGUGGUGGUUCAGUAUACCGGCAGCUCCUGUUGUUAUUGAAAAAGAGGAAGAUAAAAAGAGGAAAUGAUUUUCUAAAAGGUUCUUUUUUUGUUUUGUUUUGUUUUUCUCUCUCAAAAGCUCGUGUAAAAAGUUUAUACCACGCACGUUCGCAUGUAAAUAUUCAGUCUUAAUAAAGGAUAAAAAAAAAAAAGAAAAGGAAAAAGAAGUUCCCGUUUAUUAGGGUAGAAUUCCUUAAAAUUGAGAAACCGCACUUGCCAUUUGAAAUUUUAGCAUUUUGGUCCCCACGAUUUUAGUUCUAAAAGUUUGGCAAUGCAACCUCAAACUGUUAAAAACUUGCAAUUAUAAGAUCACCAACUUUUUUAGAGAUGCAAUUAUAGGUCGCGGCCCGCCGCAGCCCGUAGGCAGGCUUAAGCCGAUCUUGAUACAAU